AACAGGAGGUCGGUUAGCAGAAGCGGCAUCAGAAGACGCUACCAUCUCGACUUCAAACGCUUCUCGCUCGUUGUUCUCAGUUAUUCCAGUGCAUUUCAGUUCAUUUUUGUCUCCGAGGUAGAUGUGAGUUUUUCUCGUGGUUACAGAAUUAUUUGUUCGGCAAAUUUGUUCUUUCGUGCCGAGAUUUGGAGGGAACGCCAGCCGUUGGUCCACAGCUACACUCCAGUUUUCAUUCGAAACUUGCAAGCUACUCUCACCAUGUCACAGGCACUCGGUAGCUUUUCAACCACGCUAGGAGAGGAAAACAGACAAGCCAACGCCAGGAGAUUGAAGAGGGAGGACAACCAGAGCCGGCCCAUCGCUCCCCAGGCCACGAAACGUGUGGCUCUCGGAGUUCUCAACCAAAAUGCCAGCAAGCAACGAGUCCAACCGCACCGCGCUGCAAAACAGAGCUGCGGCCCUCUAUCGACUUCUGGGUGCGGCCAGAUCGGGAGCGUCGGUUGCGGCCAGGCGGGAAAGCCCACCUCUGGGUUCUUUGUGCCGCCCGGCGCUUCUACUCAGUUCUCCAUCCAUGUCGACCAACAUGCAGAUAGGGAAAGAUCCAAAGAACCUCAGGUUUCCUCCACAGUCACAACACUUGGCACUGAAAGGAACAGACAAGCCAUCAACAUCUAUGGCCGUACGGAAGAAAUUAUCGAUAGCAGCACAGAUUCUCCUAUGGUGCUAGACACCUCAUUGGACUCCUCCGAUGACAACCAGUCAGUGAUAGAGGACAUCGAUGCCCGUGGAGACAGUGUGUUGGAGGUUGCUGAAUAUGCAACAGAAAUCUUUCAGUAUCUCCGGGAAGCUGAGCUAAGGCAUAGACCCAAGCCAGGCUACAUGAAGAAGCAGCCUGACAUCACCAACUCCAUGCGGUGUAUCCUGGUGGACUGGUUGGUCGAGGUCGCAGAGGAGUACAAGCUGCACAACGAGACAUUGUACCUGGCCGUGUCGUACAUCGACCGCUUCCUGUCUUCCAUGUCCGUCCUGCGCAGCAAGCUGCAACUGGUCGGGACGGCAGCCAUGUUCCUGGCAUCGAAGUAUGAAGAGAUCUACCCUCCAGAUGUUGGGGAGUUUGUGUACAUCACAGAUGACACCUACACAAAAAAGCAGGUUCUGAGGAUGGAGCACCUGAUUCUGAAGGUCCUGUCAUUUGAUGUUGCUGUGCCAACCAUCAACUGUUUCCAGAAGAGAUUCCUGCAGGCUGCCAAGGUCAACUCCAAGACAGAAAGCCUGGCCAUGUACCUGGCAGAGCUGACUCUGCAGGAGGGGGAGACAUUCCUGAAGUACGUCCCCUCCACCAUAGCUGCUGCUUCACUCUGCCUGGCACAGCACACGCUCAACAUGCAGCCAUGGACGCCGACCUUGAUGCACUACUCUGGGUACACGCUGGCUGACCUCCUCCCGUGUGUGCAGGACAUGCACCGUAGUUUCCAGGCUGCUCCAUCGUCACAGCAGCAAGCAGUCAGGGAGAAGUACAGGAGUCCCAAAUACCACGGUGUCUCUACAAUCCUCGCACCAGCAACCAUUCCUACGGCAUAACUAUGUGCAAUGCAUGGUGAAAUAAGUGUUGUACAUUUUGUGUAAAGACAAAGAUUCCUAUACCCUUUUAAGAACAUAACCUGCUCGACCCUAAAAUUUCGACAAACUUGUUCGCUGAAUGGAGACUAGAGAGCAUUUUAGAAAUGAUCACUGAGGAUGCAAAUUGCAAGUUUAUUUUUAGUAUGUGUAUGCCAAUAAAAUGUUUUUAACCAAAUGAUUUUAAGUUUUUAGUGUUUUAUGAUAGCAUUUAGUUUUUGUAUUGAGUGCAAUUGCGAUAAUCCAGGUUCAACAAACUUUUCGGUCACUGCCACUGAAAAUUUCCUUUCCAAACGUAUUAGAAACUUCAGUAACGUUUUAACUUUUUGCCAAGGAAUCUGUUAGAUACAGACAUUACCUAGGCAAUAUAGCAUUCAAUCAAUAUUGUACUUGAAAGAGUCAAAUGUAUAUACUUCAGUCUCAGAUUCCCUGUUUUACAUUGUGUAAGGAAAAUGGUGGUUGGUAUGCACAUUCUCUGGGAAUCUUUGACAUGAAUGUAAGAGUGGAAUGAACAUUGUGGCAGUGUUGCCAGCUGAAUCAUUGACCUUGCUAUGGUUACCACUGGCUGUGUCUUGUGUUAGCUUUCUUCCUGUCCUUUUGUGAAAUAAAGAUGAAUUCUGUUGUCAGUACAGGGUGCAGCCAUUGGUCAGCAUUGCAAGGACAUAUGCUUAGUUCUCCCUGUAAGGGGACAGACAUGUUAGGGAGGGAUGGCAUGUUAGAACCUGUUCUAGAUGAAGUGUCUGCUUUGUUACACUUACAGACAAUUCAUGGUAACAUCACAAAGUUACCACAGGUGUUCUAACAUAUCUGUUAAACUACAACAGCCUACAACACUGAUACUUAAGUUGCCGAAGACCUUUCAAUAGGGUAAUGUCACCAGAAACCCUUGUUGCUAUUUUUACAAUGCCUGUAGGUCAACCAGUUGUUUUAAAGGCAUAGUCCACCAGUCCUUGCAUGUCUGAAAUACUAAGCCAUCCCACAUUUGUCAAGGUGAAACUUGUAUAUCUGUAUAUAAUACCUGGUAUACCAUGCUUUUGCUCAUUGUACUCAGCAAACCAUUUCUGCACUGUAUCAUUUGUUUUAUGAUGUUGUAAUGUUACCAUGUACAUUUGUAACUUAGUUUUUUUAAUUAAAGUUUUUAUUAACACUA